CAAACAGAGUCCCGUUUCGGUCGUUCCGUCAAAUCGCAAAAAUUCUGCUGCAGCCGCGAUCCGCGAUAAGGAGAAAAAAACACACGAAUCAUCGUCAUCGCGCGAGCUUUUUUCUUCGCUCUGGUCCAGGAAAAUCCUCCGUCGGGGUCGUCUUCGUCCGUGUUAUCCGCUAUCAUCCGGUAGGGAACUACGUUUGACUGGUGAUUUAGUUCGGAUUUCGGUUGUUCUUUCCAGCGGAAGGUUUUCGAUUCGAUCGAAUUGUGAAAUCAGUGUGUCUGGGUGGUUCUCGAGAAGAAAUUGAUUUUCUUGCGAGUUUUGUGCUAGUAUUCCUGCGGAAAAACGGACUGAGGCGUUCCACCUGACCGGCUCUGUACGGAUUAGCAGAUUCGGACCAAUUUCGCUAGCUAGUAACCCAUCGUGUUGUCGUCAGCGCAUCAGCGACCAGACACAGACGGACAGACAGAAAGGGGGUUCCGCGCGAGAGUCUAGAGCUAGGCGCAGCAGCAGACGACCAACUGACUUAGGCAGCUGAGCAGAAGCCACUCAGUCGGAUCUCGAUUGCGCACGGAAUAGGACUUGUUCGUAACUAACGUUCGGUUGAAACGACGGCCACAACCCGUCCGUCGUCUCGGAGUGAUCUUCUACCACAAAAGCACGUUAUAAGGAGAAGCGCCUUCCUCCUGUCUCUGUGAUCGUCGUCGUUGUCGUCGUCGUCAGGUGGCAAAUCAUCAUCAUGGCAGCCGCCAGUGGCAAUAGCGGAACGGUUUCGGUGUCGGCGUCAUCGGCCAGUCUGGCGCCGUCAGCGUCGGUUGCUCCGCCGGCAAGUACCGUCACUCCGUGGCCCAACAGCAAGGACGACUACGAGCUGCGGGAUGUGAUCGGUGUCGGUGCCACGGCUGUGGUCCACGGGGCCUACUGCAUCCCCCGGAACGAGAAGUGUGCCAUCAAGCGGAUCAAUCUGGAAAAGUGGAACACCUCCAUGGACGAACUGCUAAAGGAGAUCCAGGCGAUGAGCAGCUGCAACCACGAGAAUGUGGUAACAUAUCAUACGAGUUUCGUGGUCAAGGAAGAACUGUGGCUGGUCCUCAGGCUGCUGGAGGGCGGUAGUUUACUGGACAUCAUCAAACAUCGAAUGAAAACGGUGAACUGUAAACAUGGUGUAUUCGACGAACCUACGAUAGCCACAGUCCUCAAGGAAGUGUUGCGGGGCCUCGAAUACUUCCACAGCAAUGGGCAGAUCCAUCGUGAUAUCAAGGCGGGUAAUAUUCUGCUCGGUGAUGAAGGGACAGUUCAAAUCGCGGAUUUCGGUGUCAGUGCGUGGUUAGCGACAGGCCGUGACCUGUCUCGGGCAAAAGUGCGACAUACUUUCGUCGGAACACCCUGCUGGAUGGCUCCCGAAGUUAUGGAGCAAGACCACGGUUACGAUUUCAAGGCGGACAUCUGGUCAUUCGGCAUUACUGCCAUCGAGAUGGCCACCGGUACCGCCCCUUACCACAAGUAUCCUCCGAUGAAAGUGUUGAUGUUAACCCUGCAAAAUGAUCCUCCUACAAUCGACACCGGUGCCGACGAAAAGGACCAAUACAAGGCGUACGGCAAAACGUUCCGCAAGAUGAUUGUCGAGUGCCUCCAGAAGGAACCCUCGAAACGUCCCACUGCUAGCGAACUACUCAAACACCCCUUCUUCAAAAAAGCGAAAGACCGCAAAUAUCUAACCUCGACGCUUCUCGCCACCGGCCCAUCCAUGGCCACUCGGGUUCACAAAGCUGCCAAACGACAACCGGGCGCCUCCGGUCGACUACACCGGACGGUCACCGGCGAAUGGGUUUGGUCCUCUGAAGAGGAAGACAACGCUAAACAUUCGUCCGACUCGGAAACCGAGGAGCGGCCGAUGAACCGACUCGAACAGAUGGACUCAUCAGCAUCGGAAGCCGAGGACGCUUCCGAGCACUCCGAAAUCACCAUGACUGCUCGAACGAGCAGUUCGGACCAUACCACUACUGCGGACGUCACAAAUGCCGUUGGAGGCCUCUCGCUAGAUGACCUCCCCCCCAUAAACCUGGUCCUGCGGAUGCGGAACUCCAACCGGGAACUCAACGACAUCCGGUUUGAGUUCGCCGUCGGAAAAGAUUCGGCCGAGGGCAUCGCCUCGGAACUGGUCGGCGCAGGCCUGGUCGACGGCCGGGACAUCGUCGUCAUGGCGGCCAAUCUGCAGAAGCUGAUCGACAACCGAGCCAGCGGCAUCAAAACGGUCACCUUCCAGCUGAACUCCGGCUACGGUUCCAGCGAACAGCCGGACGAGAAGUCUCUCAUCGGCUUCGCACAGAUUUCCAUCACCGACUAACUUAAGCAAAUCAAGAACGAGAUCGAGAAGAAGAAGAAGACGAAGAAGCAAAUCAAGCAAACCAAGCGUGCUGCUGCUGCUGUUGUGCGAGUGCGUGUGGCUGUGUGUGUGUCCGUUGUGUUUAACUGUGUAUGUUCGAGUGCCUGCUGCUGCUGCUGAUGAUGAUGUUGUUGAUAGCGAGUGAAAAAAAAACAAACAAACAUUUAAAACACACCCCGCGAAAGAUUUGAUCCCCAAGCAAAGCUAAAGUACAUUCUAUAUAUUGCAAGUUUUCUUGUGUUUCGAUUUCUUACAUAGUUUUAAACAAAACGAAGAAAUUUAACAAUAAAUAGCAAGUUAUCUACAAAUAGAUUUUAGCGAAUAUCAUAUAUAUUACUUGAGUGCAAAUCAACUAGAA